AUGGAGUGGUUAAAAUCCGCCGCGGCGUCAGCGGUCUCGCGUGGUCCUGCGUUUGGAUACUCUUUCGGCGACCGGGUUGAUCUUGAUGAUUCGAUAUGGGCGUUACAUAAUGGGACUAAGAAGGACGACGGAAGUAAAUGUUCCAUCUUCGCAUUCGAUAUCAAUGCCAAUAAAUCGAGAUUACCGCUUGCUAAGAACGCGCUGAGGAAGUGGAGGACUUUACGGCAUCCUGGGGUUGUGAGGGUUUUGGAUACUCUUGAGACAGAUACAAACAUUUAUAUUGCCACCGAAAGAGUGGUGCCGCUUGGAUGGCAUGUUAAAAGGAAUGCGCUGAAUACGGAGACGAUUAAGUGGGGAUUAUAUACCAUAUCAACAACGAUGAGGUUUGUCAACGAAGAUGCGAGCUCGAUACAUGGGAAUCUAAGGGUUUCGUCGAUAUAUACCACCGAGAGCGGGGAAUGGAAGUUGGCGGGGUUCGAGGUGCUUAGUUCUUUGAAGGAGGAGGAUCCGGCAAUAUAUACGUAUGGAGGUUUAUUACCGGAUUCUACACGAUAUGCUGCGCCGGAGAUUGGACGAGGUGGAUGGGAUGGAUUGAAGAAUCAGGCAAUCCACGUCACCGACUCCUGGAACAUGGGCACCUUAAUCUACGAAAUCUUCAACGGCUACUUCUCCACCGCCGACCAACUUUCCCAAAUAAAAUCAAUCCCACCGCCGAUGGGUACACCCUACAAACGUCUAACCCAAACGAACCCCAAAAUGCGACUACCCAUCUCCCAUUUCCUCGAACAAGGAAAACGUUCCAACGGCUUCUUCGAUACUCCACUAAUCAGAUGUUGCGAAUUUAUCGAAAACAUGGGGGUGAAGGAUGAUCGCGAACGAGAGGAGUUCUUACAAAACUUGGAGGAUACGAAAGAUCAAUUCCCCGAAGAAUUCUUCAAAGCGAAAGUUCUACCGGAGUUAUUGAAAUCGGUGGAAUACGGCGGUGGUGGACCCAAGGUGUUCUCGGUGGUACUCAUGAUCGCUGAGAAACUUAACGAAGACGAAUGGGAGAGUACCAUAACCCCCUGCGUCGUCAGAUUAUUCUCCAGCCCAGAUCGAGCAAUCCGAGUCUUCCUACUAGACAACCUCCCCAGGAUGAUCGAACAUCUACCCAAAAAAGUAGUCAGCGACAGUAUCUUCCCACAAUUGGUAACCGGCUUCUCCGACGUCGCGCCGAUAGUCCGCGAACAAACCGUCAAAUCGAUAUUAAUAAUAAUCGACAAACUGUCAGACCGUCAAAUCAACGGUGAUCUAUUGAAAUACCUAGCAAAGACCCAAAAUGACGAACAACCGGGUAUAAGAACGAAUACUACGAUAUGUCUGGGGAAAAUAGCAAAGAAUUUGGGACAGCAUACUAGAGCUAAAGUUCUUGCUGCGGCGUUUACUAGAAGUUUGAGGGAUCCGUUCGUGCAUGCUAGGAAUGCGGCGUUGAUGGCGUUGGCUGCUACGGCUGAUUGUUUCGAUGAGACGGAUUGUGCGACGAAGUGUUUACCGGCGAUUUGUGUGGGGUUGAUUGAUAAGGAGAAGAUCAUCCGAGUACAAGCCCAAAAGACAAUGGACGUCUUCCUAGCCCGGAUCAAAACCCUUACAGCAAACAUGCCAGACUCAGCAUUACCCCCCGUAGAUGCCAACGGAGUUCCAACGGGCACAUCAGCAGCAGCAGGAGGAGGCGGUGUAGCCGGUGGAGCUCCACGAAUGGGAACCCCUCAAAACGACGCAUCAUGGGCCGGAUGGGCUAUUUCAUCAUUCACGAAGAAAUUGGGAUCCGUAACCGGCGAGAUUCAAGCACAGGGUACUACAGCUACGUCAGGAGUUUCUACACCUGCGGGUGAGGAAAGUGGUACGCUUGGAGUUCCUUCGUCUACUACUGGUAAUACUGGUAGUAGACCUGGUAGUAGUUCUUUACAACGCCAGGCAUUCGGUGGGAUGAAUACAAAUACAAGUAGAGGAGGGGGAGGAGGAGGAGGGUUAAUGGCCGACGACGGUGGAGAUGAUGAUUUAGAUGCUUGGGGGGAUAUGGAUGAUACACCGAAAACCGUGGAGGAAAAGAAGAAUACGACUAUUAGCGGGUUUGGAAGGACUACCAUGACGACGACGGAGGAUGAUGUUAUUAGUAGUUUUGCGGCUAAUAAGGGGAAGAGUAGUUUACCCAAGGGAUUGGGGAAGAAAACUACUACCUCUACUACUACUACUACCCCUGCUUCUAAUAGUACGGGAACCGGGGCGGUUAAGAGUAGACCUAUUGUUAGUCGAGCUGUUAAGCCAGCUGCUAAGAAGGUUUUACCGGCUGCUGCUACUACUACUGCUGCGAAGAAGAAGACGGAAGAAGAAGGGGAUGCGUGGGGGAAUGAUAAUUGGGAUGUCGAUUGGAAGUAG